AAGCGGCAAUACGUCAGAAAUUUCAAAGCGUUCGUCGUGCGAACACAAAUGGCGGUUCUGCGGAAUUUACUUUGCUCACAGUUUUCCGUGUAAAGUGUUCUUUCAUUUGUUUUGUCUGAGUUUCUGAGCCUUAUAACUGGCCGCGGUUAACGGUGCGAUUGGAAAAUUCCAUUGGACGAUCAUCAACUUCGUCCCAAGUGCGUCUGGCUGAGUCGCAAAAAGAUCGCGUGAAAGCUGUCAACAUCAGUUUCGAACGUGCCUCAAUCGUUUUCUACUUCGUCGGGGUCAAAAAUGAACACAAAAUUCAAGAAAUCCAAGCAAAUAUUGUACGAUCCGUUCAUAAUCCCACGGGUCAAGAAGUAUUUGGAGGAGAAUGUGCAUCAGACAUACGUUGAUGUGGCCGUGAUGGCGCGGCAGCUGCAGGAACGGUACCGCGAGUACAGCCGGCGGAAGGUCGGCCCGUUCCGAAUGCUCGUCGAACAAGCGUACAGGACCGUUUUGCACAGUUACGGAUUGGAUAGUAACCCGUCCAGCGACGAGAACGAAAACGAGGGAGACGGAUCCGACGUGGAAAUGAUGGAGGGCGACAACAGUGUCACAAAUCACUUGAACAACACCCUAACCGACAUGUACAGCAAAAACGCACAGAAAAACGACAAUGAACUGAUCGACAUUAGCAGCGAUGAGAGCGGCAACGAAGCCGAAAAGAAAAGCAAUUCAGGCAUAAUAACCAUAGAACGUCCUGCGGAGGGUCCUGGUACUCAAGGCAAGCUAACAAUCACGAAAGUUUCGCGAAACGGAUCAAAAGUGCCCGAAUCGGAGCCGCCAAAAGGUGUGAUUGCAUCGUUUGGACCUGAAGGGACUACGAUUCACGCCAACAAAAAACGCAAACUUGAGAACAAUAACGUACAAGUUUCAGGUGGGAGAACUCCACCGAGCAGUGGCAAUGGCGGAGAUACUGCCUCUUCGAAGAUGCAGCCAUUGGGAUCGGGGCCGCCUCGAGCCAAGAAGUACAAGAAGGAAGUCCGGGCAAAGGCUUCGAGUUGUGUUUUCCAGGACAUGGGUGGUAUGGAUCGUGUGCUGAAGGAGCUGUGCGAGCUGAUGUUCCACAUGAAGCAUCCCGACAUUUACAAUCACAUUGGAGUCAAUCCGCCACGGGGAAUAUUGCUUCACGGACCACCUGGCUGUGGAAAAACACGACUGGCAAAUGCGAUAGCUGGGCAAUUGGAAAUCCCGAUAAUCGACGUGCCUGCAACUGAGCUGAUCGGCGGGGUAUCUGGCGAAUCCGAAGAACGUAUUCGCGAUGUUUUUGAACAAGCUGCAGCAAGUGCUCCCUGUGUCCUUUUCAUCGACGAAAUCGACGCAAUUUCAUCCAAUCGUAUCAAUGCACAGAAGGAUAUGGAACGGCGAAUAGUGGCACAGUUGAUCAGCAGCUUAGACGCUCUUUCAAAGAUGCAGGGUGGCAAACAAGUUCUUGUUGUUGGCGCGACUAACCGUCCGGAGGUAUUGGAUCCUGCUCUGCGUCGUGUUGGUCGUUUUGAUCAUGAAAUUUCACUGGGGAUCCCAGACCGAGAUGAGCGCGAAGAAAUUCUUAUUACGAUUUGUGAUGGUUUAUGUCUGGAAUCUCCAAUGGACUUUAGGAAGCUUGCUGAAUUGACACCAGGAUACGUUGGUGCUGAUUUAGUAGCGCUUACAGCUAGAGCGGCAUCGUUGGCCAUUAAAAGGGCUUUCUUGGAGGUACAUCGAAAAAAGCAAGAGGAGGCUGCGAAGAAUAUCCCAAUCGUGGAUUUACUCGAAGAUACAGAAUCCGCUAAAGAAAAUGGCAAUAAGCAAACUCAGGGAAGUGUCGAGAAAGAAUCGGCACAAGUUGAAGCUUCGGGUGAAGAUCCUGAAAAUUUAGAAGUUACGAUUAUCACAGACAACGACGUGGUUGUAGACGGUGAAGAACCGCAAACCGAAAAACCAUCAUCCGAUGGUACCAGUGCACCGAAAGAGGUACAAGAAACAGGUGAUGCCAAAGUAGAGAGUACUGCGGAAGCUAAGGCAAAUGGAGACGGUGAAAAGACAACAAGUGAGGUGACUCCGACCGCUGCAGGAGUGACUCCCCAAACAAGUGAAGAAGAAAAGAAAGACGAAGGUACAGAAAAAAUGGAGACAGAACAAGCCGACGGAGUUGUUGCCACAAACGACAAACAGAUUGACAAGGAUGAAAAGACUGCACCGGCUGAAGAGGUGGUGGAUGCUAUUGACUUAGAUGAACUUCCUGACGAACCCGAACAAACAGCAGAGAAACCAAGAAGUAAAGACAUCACACUAUUUGAGCUAUUAGGCUGGCUACAGGAGGAUACAGAUGUGAUUAUGGGCAAUCAGUUGGAUAAUAUCUUCAUAACCCUGGAAGACUUCAAAAAUGCUAUCAAAACCACCGUACCGUCAGCCAAACGUGAAGGAUUCAUCACAGUUCCCGAUGUUACUUGGGACGAUAUCGGCUCACUGCGUAACAUUCGAGAAGAAUUACAAUUGGCCGUAUUGGCUCCCGUUAAAUUCCCGGAGAAGUUGAAGGCACUCGGGUUGACGGCUCCGUCCGGGGUGUUGUUGUGCGGACCCCCCGGUUGCGGUAAAACCUUGCUUGCCAAAGCUAUUGCAAAUGAGGCUGGCAUCAAUUUUAUAUCAGUGAAAGGACCUGAACUUAUGAACAUGUACGUUGGCGAAAGUGAACGCGCUGUUCGACAAUGUUUCCAAAGAGCGCGGAAUUCUCAACCAUGUGUCAUAUUUUUCGAUGAAUUUGACUCACUUUGUCCGAGACGAUCUGAUGCAACUGAUGGUGGUUCAGCAACAAGGGUGGUGAACCAGCUGCUCACAGAAAUGGACGGAGUAGAAGACAGAAAAGGCGUUUUCUUAAUGGCCGCCAGUAAUCGGCCAGACAUUAUUGACCCUGCCGUGCUGCGACCGGGUCGAUUAGACACAGUUUUGUAUGUUGGAUUGCCCAAGAGACAGGACAGAAUAGAAAUCAUGCAAGCGCUCACAAAGAACGGCUCAGAGCCAGCAUUAGACGAAGACGUCGAUCUCAACGAAAUAGCAGACAUGACAGAAGGUUUCACGGGAGCCGAUCUAUCAGGACUAAUAAGGCAAGCAGCUCUGUUAAGGCUAAAGGAAUCCAUUUCAGGGAACACGGAAGAUGGUGAUCAAAUCACAAUUCAUAAUAAACAUUUUGUACAAGCUCUGAGCCUAACGAAACCGUCUGUUAGCGCGGAGGACCAGAAAAUCUACGAAAAACUAAGGCUGAAGUACGCUGCACCGCGAUCAACACAAAUGCAAGAAUAAUAGAAUCAAAAAACAAAAAGGAAUGAAUCCUCUUAAUUUUAUAUUUAAUGUUCACUUCUAGUUGUUAGGAUGUCCAUCAUUUUAUUGAACAGGAUAACAUCGAAGGACGGAACUCAGGAUGAGAUCUUUUUUUAUCUUAUUAGAAGGGAUUUUGUCUUGAUUUCACAAGAUUGUAUAUUGCCGUACUACUAAGGCGGUAAUGGGAUUACCGCACUCAACAAUGAUUUCUGUACAUAUAAGCUUUGCACGAUUCGUUAUGUUUUCUGAUAUAAUUUUCCUGUCAUUGUCGGGCGGCAUUCCUAGUCUUACAAAAUAUUUCACUAUAAUUCCACUGCGAUCUGUUUAGUUUUACUCUCAUCCGAAGUACCAUGUAUUCUUAUUUUGUAGGAACUUUAAUAAAAAUGCGAUUCUUUUCAAAA